AUGGCUGAAAACUUCACGUCUAUCCCUACUAUCGAUUUUUCCCAGGCAAGUCAUGCAACGACGAAGCCUGCUUUCUUGUCUGAGCUUCGGAAUGCCCUGGUUAAACAAGCACUUCCGGGAUACAGUGGAGUUGCGGUCGAAAAAACGGCAACAGUGGCCGACCAGCGUGAAGCAUUUAUCUGUACUGAUGAAACCCCGGCCCCUGGUCCUGAGGAGCCAGAAUAUCGUAACCUGCGGGAUCCAAAUCUGUGGCCGGACGAAAUAACCGCCCCCGGAUUCCGUGCGGCUGUAGAAGCGUAUCUUACUGACCUUCGGCAAUUAUCCGACCAGUUCAAGUUCUUAGUCGCUGAAGCGCUCGAUAUCGAAACCGAGGCUAUGGGAUCAUCCCACCAGGGUCUAGAAGUCCAGAACAAGGCAGGAACUUGGAUCCCGGUUCCCCCUGUACCUGACACACUCGUCAUAAAUAUUGGCCUCAUAUUCGAGUCUCUGACCGGCGGAGUGUGUACGGCCACCACUCAUCGAGUUGAUCUUCGGAAGAGAAACUACAUUGAUAACCACGGCAAUUCUCUGGGCCCUCGUCUCUCGUUCGCGUUUUUCCAGUCGUUGGGUCUUGACCUUAGGCACGAGGAUGUGUCCUUGAACGUUCCAUCGCAUAUCGCUGACUUGGUCAAGGAUGAGAAGGUCAAGUCAGACGCGGAGACAUUCUUGGCGAAAGACUCUGAGGGAUGUUUGGGUCGCACCAUUUUCACUGGCACAUUGACGACCCAUACAGAUAUUGGAGAGAGGUGGUACCCAGGCUCCCUGGCGAAAGCACUGGAGAGACAACGGAGGGGGUGA